AUGCUUUAAGUAAGUAUGUCGAAAUUAAUUAGGUUAAUUUAGAAGAAGCGUUGGAGUAAUAUAAUUAACAAAUAAGAGAAAGUAAAAAGGGUUUAGAAUGUAUAAUUGAAAAACAGUAAUUUAUAAGAAUAUUGGAAUAAUAUAUGUAAAAAAAUUCAAAUGGUUAUGAGAAAUUGGAAUUUUUCUAAUUUGGAAAAAAUAGCUUUGCCUAGGAGAAGAUUUUCAAAAUAUUUUAAUAAAAGGAACUGUUUUGCAUAAUAACAAUAUAAGAAUCAAAAAAUUAAGUCCUCCUAUUUCUUAAACAAUUUCAUCAAGCAAAUUGA